GUGUUGUGAAGACGCGCUGCUGCUGCUUGUCCAUUGAGGUCUGUUGUGUGGCCCGCCCCCGUCACGCUGCUCCCGUCGUGACGUCCCGUCUCGUCUCGUCUCGCCUGGUGGUUUCUGUUAGGAAGAUGAGUGGCGAUGCUGCGUCAGCGCAGCCCACGGGGUCUGCGAAAACGCCCAACGAUUUUCUCAAGUCCAUCAAGGGCCGCCCCGUAGUUGUCAAGCUCAAUUCUGGCGUGGAUUAUCGAGGUAUUCUGGCUUGUUUGGAUGGCUAUAUGAACAUUGCCAUGGAGCAGACAGAGGAGUAUGUAAAUGGUCAGUUGAAGAACAAGUAUGGUGAUGCUUUCAUUCGGGGCAAUAAUGUUUUGUACAUUAGCACAACAAAGAUGACUUUGGGAGACUAGUUCCCAGGAGGCAACGGCGUGUAGAGAAGGUUGGAUCAUCAAAGUGUCCAUUUCCGACGUAGGUGGGAAGUUUCAAAGGCACGACAAGAGCAGAUUACAUCUUAAAAUUACGAAUUCAACGACCAAUUCGUGUGUACUUGCAGCUAGUACACCUAAAGACGGGAUUAGCUGAUAGCAAAUGUGAUAGUACACUAAUUGCUCGCUAGUGGGAUGAUAGAAUAAACGACAGGUUAAUGCUAUUUUCUGGAUCCAUCUACCAAGAGCUUGAAGUGUCAGAUAAGCGCUGUAUUGUUCUCUUUGUAUACUGAAAUAGGAUUGUGCUUCGAUUAAACUUGUCGGUUCGGAGGGAACUCUGGAAGGGGUGAGAAGUUACACUGGAAAGCUAUACACAUUUGUCACAUUCGACACUGGGAUGGCUUUUUAGCAGAUAGAGUGCAACUGUUUCUUUAGUGCAAUGCUGGCCACUACCCGUGUAUCGAGCUGAAUAUUACUCUGCAAGAGCUCCUUCUGUGAAUCAUAUUCCUUCUAUUGCCA